AUGAGACAAACUUACUGGGAUGCCCAAUUGGCGAAGGCGGAGAGGACUUGGCCUCCAACCGGUGCUGGUGUUGAGAACGGCGCUUACGCCUACCGUUACAAUCCCUACGCUUUUACCGGUCACGCAGGUGGAGGAGGAGGAGGAACAGGCACUGCUGCAUUAGCAAGGCACGGCUUACCUGUGGAAUUUACUUUUCAGAGUCCACCGAAGAGUAGGCCUGGUCUAGAUUCCUUAGAUCACGAUGGCAAAGAAGUGGAUAAUAGGACAAUGGAUGUAGCGACUUUCCUUGACCUAUCUUAAGGCUUCCCCUAGUCCAUCUCGAUAGCGAUCCCAAAGCGUAUGCCUCCCAAUACAAGGGAGAUACUGGCGGAGAUACUGGCUGGAGGGAUUUCCACAGGGAUGAACCGGGGAGACGGCUAAUUAUGAGGGGGUAAGGCUAAGAUGACAAACAAGGGCGGUGGGCUUUCCCAGACUCUCUCGACCGGUCCUUUGAGCAGGAAAGCGCAAUGGUCGGGUACGUUGGAGACCGAAGGUGGAAGCAGUAGGGGGAAAGGCGUUUAUAAUCUGGGUUCAUCAGGCACCUCCUCUUCCUCCACAAGACCAAGAGCCCAAAGUGUCCCUGCACGUCCAUCGCCAUCUUUUACUCAAGAUGGGGACCGUUUUGCGCUUAGAAGUCUAUCACCGAUCGAGAGUGGAGGUGGAAAUGGAAGUGCACUAGGGCAGCUGCUGAGGUCCUCUUCUAGCACAAAGCCGAGAGGGUUGAACUCACCGGAAGGAGACACGAGUUCUUUUAGGCUAAACUUCAACCCGCCAGGAAGGUAUACGACGUCGACAGCGGAUUUUCUGUUAAGUUUAAGGCAAAAUAAGACUUGAUGUAGUUGUUCAAAAAAGUAUGCUAUUAACACGAGGACUACUCAGAGGAGUGUGCUAAUACUAGUAACAAAUACUUGCUUUCUAUGACGACCGUAAGUACUUAUUUUUCAAAAACUCAAAAAAUUUUCAGGUACAUGCGGAUAUGAUCUGGAACCUGUUGUAUUUUUUGAGGUAAUUGAGUUGAAUUUGAUGUAGGUCCGGGUCUUUGCAUCAUUCUCAUCAUCAAAUAAAAAAACUCCACCCAAACGCCCAAGUGGUGCUCACCACUAGCAGAGUAGGUGCGCACCUUCCUGUCCGUAUGCCCAUAUAUGCGAGGAGUCAAGAGAAGCAGACGGUCUGACCUCGGUUCUACUUCUUGCUGCAGAGGCUCUCUAGUGGCUAUCAUGGAGACACUGUGGAGGAGUUCGCCAGCGGACUUGAGACAAGUCCACGCCACUGCCGUAGCGUCGGAACAGCACGAGAGCGGCCUUAGAGGUCCUGACCUGCGAUAUGGGCAUCAUGUAGGGGCUGGCGACUGGAAUUCGUUGGCCGUUGGAUAUUCUUGCCCAGAAACAUCGGCUUUUCUCGCGGCUGCGCUGGUGCCUUACUAGGUGGCGACUUGGUAAGUUGAGGAGAGUAAGUUCUUUGUUAUCAUUUUGACCCGGACCAUUCACUAGACUACUUUCCCAUAUCCACAAAACAAGGCAGGUACCUGCAGGAGGGGUGAGGAUAGAUAAAUAUUUUUUAUAAGUACUUUGAAAAUAAGUACUUAUGGUCGUCAUACUUUCAUCUCUAAUUCCACUUCCCGGAAAACCAGAAGCAUCUCAGUCCGGGACGUGGAAUUCCACGUCCCAGUCGAGGAGCAUCUCAGGUCUAGGACUAGCAGAGAGUAAGAAUGGGGCAGCAUUGUCCGCUGCCUGUUCCGCUGUGCAGUCCUCCGCAGAGCUGAAUGCGUUCAAGAGUUGUAGCCGUUCUCGUUUAAUCGGUACGACCAGUCCAAAACGCAACGAGGCAGCUGUCCGCUCUGCAGCGGGGCCAGCAGGGAUAUUGUCGGUUAGCAAGAGCAGUUUGGGGUCCUCCUCUGCGGCGUUGGUCGCGGACAGUGUUGGGGUGACCUCCGUGACAGAUUUAAGAGCAGGAGGUGGGACGAAGGUAGAUUUAAGAGCAGGUGGGAGACACGCGGCACUAGGACAAGUUGUAGGUGGCGCUGGACCACUACAAGGAGGUCCUGGAUUAUUUUAUGGUCAACAUAUAAUGUCCAUCAUUCUCGGCAUCUUGGUCCCCUUUUCCCUUGUAUUCUCGUGAAAUACAAGGUAAAAGGGGUCAAGAUGAGGGGGCCGAGAUGCAAUCGAGUCGCAGACUCUAACUAUUCACGGGUACAAAGCACGUUGUCGCCACUACUGUCGGUAGCACGGUGACGGUGGAUGACAGGCGGCCGAAGUACAGCACCAUGAGCAAAGCCAGUAAGUACAGCAAAUACAUGUUCGACACGUCGAAGAUUCCGGAAAUCUACGACAACAUCUACUACGAUUUAACCCACAGGAGGGACGAAUUAGCCAGUAUUCGAUGUAUCGAAGUCGCUGAGAAAAUUUUCAACCUAGUUCUCCCUUUGAAUUGUUGGGUCACCGGAGCGGAGUUCGGCAUCUCAAUUGAUGAGAAGAAACAGAUUGGCGCUGAAGUCUGCUGGCGCUUGGCUGAUAAAGUUGUAGGAGAUUUGGAGUUCAUGCUCGAGCACCGAGACGAAGCAGGAAAAAAGAUGCAUCUCGCUGGUAAAAAGAUGUCAGCAGUGGAGACUUCUGAAAGGGGUACUAACAGUAUGAAGCUGAAGACUACAGGUGGGGAAACGAAUACAGCAGCUGUGUCAGGGGGGAGCGAAACGACGCCGAACCUGUCAGGUGGGGAAACGAACAAGGCUUGUUUGUCGGGUGCAGAGAACCAAGACGACGAGUCACGGCCUGGGUCACCGCUAAGUCGGUCGUCCAGUUUGGUUAUCGAUGGUGGUGACACUGCGACAAAGACGAGUGCUAACGCCGGUAGCGGAACAGCAGGUUCAGCAACAGAUUUCCUCAGUCAUCAACAACAUCAACAUCAACAUAGUAGUACGAGUACUGAUGUCUGCGGAGCCUCAGCUCCGGAGGUGGAAUCAUCUUCUUCUACUACAGAACAGAGCAGAGGAGGUGCAGUGCCUUCCUCGACGCCGUUUCCGAUUUCUACUACAGAACAGAGUAGAGGAGGUGCAGUGCCUUCCUCGACGCCGUUUCCGAUUCAGGGUGAUGGUGGUAGUGUUAAGGAUACUGGGUCAAAGGUGCUUUUGUUACCGUUUGUUAUGGCUCCCUCCCUUAGGUGGGGACAGCCAUAACAACCGGGAGACCCCACGAACAGCAAGAAGAACCUACCUCUAAUAGUGAAGGGCAGCUAUCACGAGAAGAAACUAGUAGCACAGAACACCCUAAACUAGUAGACAGAGCCAGAAGUUCACCAACAAGAACGCAUUCGCCAACAAGGGGUGGGAUGGACGAUGGCGUAUCGUAUGGCUCUAGCGAAAGCGAAGUUCUUGAUCUCCCUUCUUGAAGAGUUUAUAGGCUUUUCCCCUUCUACUUCUACUUCGGAACAUCAUAGUUUAAGUUUUUAGAUUUACACGACAAGUUGUAAAUAAUAGGACGAUACCUCUUUCUCCUCGUCCAUUUGCUCCUCUAAGAAUCCCUCACUGAAAAAACGACGAGUCGUGGUCCUGGUGCUAGCUCGCCUGAAAGCGGAGGCCUUGUCAUCACCCAGUAUACUGCUACAUCCUCAGCGCAGCUAAAACAUCAGGUGAGUGAUGACGCGGUGUCCUCCAUGGGCGGCUCGCCUCUGGAUUCGCCUGAGGCCUCGGCGCCGUCAGCCAGGGCCCCUAGCUUUGACGGAGGGCCGACUACGCCGUCUUCAGCCGUGGAAAUACCACAUCAAACCUCGG